AGCGCAGGAGGACGAGCUCGAGGAACGAGGACCCCGGAGGACCGCAGGCCCUAGGAUGACGUCGAAGGUCCUGAUGAAGCUGCCUACGGUGCCGUUCUCGCAGGGGAAGAAGGCGCCGGCCGCGGACCUGGUGGCCCCGGGCAGGGGCGAGGCACCCCUGCCGACGAGGCCCCGGACCGUCAACGGCGACCGCGCCGCCCAGCUGGAGCAGAACGUCAAGUUCCUGCAGGAGCAGCACCAGACCACCCUGGCCGCUCUGCACCGGGAGGUCGAGACCCUGAGACAGAGGAACAGAGAGCUGCAGUUUCAGCUGGUCUUCUCAAAGGGCACAGUUUGCGUGCCGAGCAGUCCUUCCUCUCCAGAAGAUGGGAGCGCUGGGUUCGCCAAACCGAAGGGAAGCCCGGUAUGCGUCAACGUCGCUCCCCUCCAGGUCGAGCUUCUGGAAAAGGACUUGCAGGAUGUCAAGGUGUCGCUCCAGGAGGCGAAAACGCACAAUCGAUACCUGUCGGAGAUCAUCGAACGGCAAAAGAAGAAGCUGAGCGAAGCAGCCGAACGCGAGGAAAAAUUGACGACGGCAGAUGCAGCGGUGCAGGUGGACGAUAGCUGCGAUUCCGCGCAGGCCGACCUGGCCGCCCGGCUGGAGGACGCGGAGGCAAUCGUCAAGUGGCUGCGCCGGGAGAACAAAGACCAGCGGAAGGAGCUGGCGAGCCUGCGGACGGGUUCGACGAGCAGCGGAGGCGGCGGCAGUGGCGGCGGAAGGAGUCGCGGCUCCGGCAACGGACACUACGGUCGAGGGUCGGCAGCGAGCGGCGGGAACGCAGCAGGAAGCGGCGGGAACGCAGCGGGGAGCGGCGGUCAGGAGCAGCAGGGCUCGCACAAGUUCCCGCCACUGCAGACACAGAGCUUCUGGCACCGUGGGACCAGGGGAGGCAACCACAGGUCGUCCCUGCACAGCGUAGGUACCAUGCCCUGCCUCGGGCACGGGACUGACGGGGUUGUUCUCGCGUUGCGCAGUGUCGACCACCACUCGGAGUUUCCUCGGAGCGGGAAGGGUCGCCGGGAGAGGCACGACGGCGAGACGGAAGUCGACGGGACGGUGCUGCCACACCUCGGCGAGAUCUACUACGUGCCCGAGGGCGCCGGCUACCCCCCGGCCCACCCCUCCCGGGGAAACCACACAGGUCGCAAUUUCUACCGAGAAGGCGGUGCGCGAAAGUACCGCGGCCAGAGGGCGCAGCGCGACCGCGACUACCGCGACUACCGUCGAGACGUCCCCAAAGACGCCCCCAAGGACGCCGACGUCAAGGACCGUCGCAAGCCACACGACGCACCAGAUGGUUCCAGGGAACCCAACACCGCCUGCCGGAAGCAGUAA